UAUAAGAAUUAGGAAAGAAAUUUCUCAGGUACAAACCGGUGACUACAGUUUUUAACUAUUCCUAUAAAAGAAAUGUAAUGGUAAUAAUCUUCAAUUAAAAUGCUGUUAUUAUAAGAGUUUAUUAUUCACGAUGUUGAUAAUUUUGCUCUGGUUUGAUCAUAUUAAUAUAUAGGCCUAUAAUAUGUAGCUCAUAUAUUAUCCAAAGCAAACAAACGAGACGUUUCGGAAUUAUAAGAGUAUAUAUGUGCAUGUUGUCUUUAAAAAGCUUUAUCACCCUCCGUGUUACGCUGCAUCAAUACACAAGGAGUUAAAAGAAAAAAGCAGCUUGGCUUCGAUACUGAAUGAGGAAGUAGGAAGUGCUGUAUUUCACCCUGGCGCCGAGAUCGUGGCUUGGGGUAUUUACAGUACAGGAGCAGGCUUUGCGGCUCUGGGCGUCGGGGGGCUGGAGGUGGCCGCAGCCGUUUUCGGUAGCUGUGCGUCGGCGUCGGCUGGCGUGCUGCUCUGCAGACACCCCGAUGCGCAGCACUGCGGCGGCCGGACGGGCGAGGAGCGGCUGCCGAGCGCGGUGAGAAAUAUGGAGUAUACACCUUCCCUGCAUUUGCACCUGCCAAGCUAAAACAAGAGGCACGCGAGAUGGAUCCCGCCUCAGAAAUCAGCAGCGUGUCGCCGGCAGACCCCGGCACCUCACCCGCUCGGAUGUUCUGCAAGCUGUGCCUCACCGACUGCCCGUCAGCUGCGAUGAGCAGACUGCAGACCUGCGGCUGCGUGUUUUGCACUUGGUGCCUGCAACAAUAUGUACAGCUGGCGAUUCGUGAGGGAGGGGGAACCUCCAUUACCUGCCCCGACAUGGCAUGCCUGAAGGGCGGAGCCCUCCUAGACUCUGAGAUUGCCAGCUUUGCUUCUGCAGACCAAGUUCAGCUCUACCAGCGGCUGAAAUUCGAAAGAGGUGUACAGCUGGACCCCAGUAAAACCUGGUGCCCAGUAUUACAGUGUCAGGCUAUGUGCCGUGUGCGGGCCAGUGCCGAGGGCGAGCCCACGUCCGUGCCCUGUCCGACCUGCCAUGCCGUCUUCUGCUCUCUGUGUAGGGGCCCCUGGGAGGAGGGCCACACCUGCUCAGAGCACCGGCCCCUGGCCUCUCCAUCUCAGCCUGGCAGCGUCCACUCGAGCACAGAGCUGGACGGGUCCAUAAAACAGUGCCCGAUGUGCAGCGUCUACAUCGAGCGGAACCAGGGCUGCGCCCAGAUGCUCUGCAAGAGCUGCAAGCACACAUUCUGCUGGUACUGCCUCCAGAACUUGGAUGGGGACAUAUUCCUCCGUCACUAUGACAAAGGACCAUGCAGGAAUAAGCUGGGUCACUCACGGGCAUCCGUCAUGUGGAACAGGACGCAGGUGGUCGGCAUCCUGGUGGGCGUCAGCGUCAUCGUGCUGGUGACAUCGCCACUCCUCCUGCUGGCCUCGCCCUGUGUCAUGUGCUGCAUCUGUAACCCGUGCCGCGGCAAGAAGAAGCGCAAGAAGAAGAAGAGGAAGGACCCGGGCCUGCCGGAGUCCACUGUAUAAACGGCUACCCCCGUGCCCCCCCAUCCGACCCCCUGGACCCGUGUGCCCAUGUUCCAUGCUCUAUGCCAAACCUGUCAUGUUAGGUGCACAAGUGCCUCCUCUCGCAGUGCCUGUUUGAAACGGUGGUCAACUUCUGUUUUACCUUCCAUUUUAUUAUGCAAAAAAAAAAUGUAUGUAUACAUGUGUAUAUCUAAGCAGCAGCUACUACAGUUAAAGCAGCAACAUAAAUAACCUACAGAGAUACCUUUCAUGUACUUGUCUGUGUGUUAUGGGAGGUGCACUGCGUACUGUAUUAGACUUGGGGGAACACAGGGCUUUAACAGAUAUAAAUAAGUGAUAUUUCUGCUCCGACUUGUUUUUCCCACUCGGUAUGAUGAACCAAAGGCUCGGACUAAUCAUGUGACAUUUGGUAUGUAAAUAUGUAUUUAUGGAUGUGUUCCAUGUCUUUUGUUUAUACUUUGGUGUUGACAGUUAUGCAUCAGAUAUUUUGUAAUAUUUCAUUGAUUCUAAUAAACAACAUUAUUGAAACUAAA